CAAUCACGUCGGAAGAGCCCAGUUCGAGAGUUUCCGUUAAUUUACGUGAAUUUACGGAAGCUCUCAUCACAAAUAUGGCAGCCCCCUUAGAUCUCAAUGUUGCAAGAAAAAAUUUGUCAGACGCACUCGGAGAUUCAAUGAAAUUGUAUUUGCAUAAUUUGAAGUCCUGGUUUAAACAGAAGAUCAGCAAGGAGGAUUUUGACCUGGAAGCAAGGAAUUUGUUGAGAGAAGACGCAGUGCACCUACACAAUGAGUUUCUCCUGGCCAUCAUUGCCCGGUGUCAAAUCAGCAGUGCUACCACAGUAUCAAAAGAAAAGUCACAGUCAAGCUCGACUUCAACUCCCACCAAACUCAAGAAGGGCAAGAUCAGAAGAAAAAUACCUGGAGGCCGUGCAAAUCUUCAGCAACGCUUUGUCCCAGUCAACCCAACAAGUCAUGCUCACAAGGUGACCACGCGAUCUGUUGAUGACGGAGUAACACCCUUAGGCUUCAUGUCCCGGGACUGCCUGCUGCCGGACAUAUCGCUGAUGCAUGGUCGGAUGUUGGUGUGUGCAUGGGAGUCCGACCUCCAGGACGUUUCCUCCAUCACUGUCAAGAUACUCAUCCAGGCGGUCGAGACUCAGCUUAAGAAUAUUAUUUCUCUGGUACUGGCGCGGCGAAGUGGGUUCAAGUUACGAGAAAAGAAGUUCCGCUACGGCCUGGGCGCCCAGAUACCAAACCCAUACUUGCGUCAGACCCAGCUCAUGGAUCAGACAACUUCAGAGAGCUACGCCACUGCUGUAACUCUGACGGGCCACCACGCUCCCAGCAUCAAGUCCUCCAUGGAUGUCGGGGAGGAGGUGGCCAUGCACCACCUAGCCACUUCCCACCAGCCAGCCGAAGACAUGGGCCCCAUCAACCUGUAUGAUCUGCUGGACGCUCUGAAGCUGUAUCGCAGCAGCAUCCCAUCCCAUUCGGUGUACGCCCCCGCAGUGGAGCGCAUCCUGCAUCGUCUUUGGCAUCCCAGCAUAGAGGAGGUGGAGCAGGAGAGCAUCCACCAGCAGGAAGUCUACCUCAAGCAGCAGCUAGCCAAUCAGCAGUUACCUGUCCGAUAAACAGCCAAUCAGCAGUUACCUGUCCGAUGAACAGCCAGUCAGCUGUUACCUGUGCAAUAAACAGCCUAUCAGCAGUUUGUUUAUUAGCUCACCUGACCUGAAAGGCAUAUAUCAUGUCGUCCGUUGUUUGCGUUGGCGUCCAUAAUCCAUUUACAUGAGAUCUGUGUGGAUGCUUCUUACUCUUGUUCAAGGCAUCAAACUUGGAAUUUUAAUAAAUAUUGAAAAUCUUUUCAAAAGGGUCAGAGGCCUGAAACUUGGUGGGUUAGAUGGUCACCUUGUGUAAGACACAGGCUUUUGUAAGACAUCUUGAUUCUAAAUCAAAUAUGGCUGCCAAUAGCCAUAUUGGAAAAUACAGAAAAUAAUUAUAGGUUGCAAACACCUCAGAAAACACUGGACCUAUGAAGCUGAACUUCAGAUGCUUGUUCCCACCAAGGAUGGCACCUAAAUUUGUUCAAGAGGUUCGAAUCCAAUCUUUGCAAUACUGCAUGCAUGGCCAGUUGUGGGGCUUGUAUUUUGCAAUAUUUUGAACACUGGCCUUGGUUUGACUGUGCACUUCACCAUAAUGAAAGCUGUGGUUGUAAGUGAAUUUUUUCAAGAGGUUUGAAUCUGAUUUUCAAUAUGAUUGCCACGGCAGCUAUGUUGAAAGGCCUAAUUAUGUUAGUAAAUCUUUUUAGUGGCUGUCUUUGUUGACAUUUUAAACUGUUGACUACAUGUCCAGGUGAGCUGUGGCACUAUUUUUAGUUGACAUCUAAAUUCAUGGUAUUUGCUUACAGACUGCUAAACUUUAAGGGUGACUUUUUGCUCGUUGGUCAAUGGUAGGUCUAGAUGUGGUAUUAAGUCUCAUGUGUUAGAUAGAGACAGUGCUAUUAGGGAGUUGAUUAACUGUUACAUUGAUACUGUCUAUCUUGGAAAAAACGCGGUCGUGAAUUAAAUGCGAACAUUCUUUGCUCGCAUUAAUUAACUUCGCAUUGAUGUCUCCAAAUGACUAUAAACAAUAAGACGGCCUCACUUUGGAUAGCGGAAAUACCAACUUGAAUAUAAACACAAACACGGUUUAUUGAGCAGCAGUUGUAACAAGUAUAUAACAAUGUCAUUCAAAGAAUAGGAAUUACACAAUGGGCAACCAGAGAGUUAUCACUGCUCGGAUCAAGAGUUCUACCCACUCGUCUUGACACCUUCUCGGCAUACCAACCAGUGAACUGUGGUUGAUUCAAUUAUUUUAUUGCCUUUGAACUUCCUUAAUGCCAGUCAGCAGAGUAAACAUAUAAACUGUGUGAUGUUUAAAGGAAAACAGUUUAUAGUUUUUACAGAAGUGCUCCACUCAGUGCUAAUAAGCAGUGCUAUUUGCUGUUUGAUUGGAUUAAGGUAAGGAUAUGUAUCAUUCCACUGGGGAUGGGGUGGGGGGAGUCGCAUUGAUAUUGAGUCACAUUUUUGGCUAGGGGUCAGCAGUCGUAUUAUUUUGGAGACGCAUUAAUUUCCAGAUAUACAGUAUACGUCAGUAACAUAGCAGACAGACAUGGAAAGUUUUGAAAGACAAACCUUGCUGGGACUGCAAGCUGAUCUAUGCCUAAUCAUUCUUUAAGCAGAACUCUGCACAUGCCCUUCUCAGUACUAUUCAAUGGGACUGUUAUUUCAUCACGUAAUUAAAAUGACUGAAUAAUAGUCAAGGUGGUUUUUAUUUCAAUAUGUCUGCCUUUGUGGCCAUAUUGAAAAUCGGAUUAAAAACUCUUGAACAAAGUGGAGUGUUACACAUGCUUUUCUGCAAAUAUGGAGUUUUGUACAAUGAAGCUGUGGUCCCAUAAUAUUGAUGUGCAGAAAGACAAUUCAUUUCACACGAUGGACAGCUCGAUAGUAAUGAAGUGAAGUAUCUGAAUACUUGAGUCAGUAAUAUUCAAGCUACCUGGGUGAUACAGGUAUUCCUACUCACUAUUUCUGUCCAUCUGCUCUGGUAUUUGCUGGCUUGUCUGGUGAAGAAUUGUAUUGUGUACAUAGAUGUCAAUAAAUGUGUUUCAUACUUA